UGGUCAUGCUGUCCAUUCUAGACCAGUACAGCCAAGUGAUCAAAUUUUCGGAGCUUCCUGACCCCAGGACAUCAUGGGAGCUACAGAGAUUGAUAGGGGAGGGAACCUAUGGAGAAAUCCAUCAAGCCAUACACAAGGAGUCUGGGGAAGUGGUGGCCAUGAAGGUGUUAGAGUCCAUACAUGAGAUGAUAGAGGAAAUUGAGGAGGAGUAUCAAGUCCUCCGUGACCUAGGGAACCACCCCAACAUACCACGCUUCUACGGCAUCUACCUCAAACCGCCCACAAAUGGAAUCGACGCAGAGGUCUGGAUGGCAAUGGAGCUUUGUGGGCGGGGCUCUGUGACCCAUUUAGCCCGGGAACUGAUUGGGCAGGGCAGGUUUAUGGAGGAGGACCUUAUUGCCCACAUUCUCAGAGAGACCCUCCAAGCAUUGCAUCAUCUACACAAGAACCAUGUGAUUCAUCGAGAUGUCAAAGGUCACAACAUUCUCAUUAACGAUCAAGGACAGAUUAAACUAAUAGAUUACGGUGUGUCGGGACACCUACCCAGUACCCUGGCAAGAAAGAACACAUCUGUAGGGACUCCCUAUUGGAUGGCCCCAGAGGUAAUUGCUUGUGAGAGACAGUUGGAAUACAAUUAUGACAUUCGCUGUGAUAUUUGGUCCCUGGGUAUAACUGCUAUAGAACUGGCGGAUGGGGAACCACCCUUGUCUGACCUACAUCCUAUGAGAGCUCUGUUUAAAAUCCCAAGAAAUCCACAGCCUCAGCUGGUUAAUCCAGAUCAAUGGUCAGAUGAUUUCAAAGACUUCAUAGCACAGUGUCUGGUCAAAGAUUUUGAAGCUCGUCCAUUUGCCCAGGAUCUUCUUCAGCAUCCAUUAAUUGCAAAACUACCCAAAGAUAUUUCACAGUUUCAGAGAAGACUGAGAGAACUGACCUCUAAAAUGGAGACAACUAUUCAUGAACCUGAAAUAACGGCCAAAAAAGGAAAACUGAAAUCCAGACGCAAAUCUCGAAAAGGGAACAUCAAAACAAGUGAUGAUUUAGCCACUCUGGAGAAUCUGGAUGAGGAGACAAUUGUAUCCCAACUAGAGUGUCGUUACAGUCAAGGUCAGAUCUACACAUACAUAGGGGAUAUACUGCUGGCAGUCAACCCCUUCAGACCACUGACUAUUUAUACUGAGGAGUACUCCAAGAGAUACAUGAAUGCUGGCAAGGAAGACAACCCUCCUCAUAUUUUUGCCGUUGCCGACCAAUCCUACCAGAGUAUGAUGCACAACAGAAAGAACCAGUGUAUUGUUAUCAGUGGUGAAUCAGGGGCUGGUAAAACGGAGAGUGCUAAUUUAUUGGUCCAGCAGCUGACACAACUCGGCAAGGCGGCCAACAGAACCCUUGAGGACAGAAUCCUACAGGUGAAUCCUCUGAUGGAAGCCUUUGGUAAUGCUAGAACUGUCAUCAAUGACAACUCAAGUCGAUUUGGAAAGUACCUAGAAAUGUUCUUUACUCGAAAUGGGAUGGUCAUCGGAGCCAAAAUCACUGAAUACCUGUUAGAGAAGUCUAGAGUUAUUUCACAAGCAGCGAAAGAGCAAAAUUUCCAUGUGUUCUACUACAUUUAUGAUGGACUGAGUUCCUCAGAGAGGGCAGAAUAUAACCUGAAAGAAAACACAAGAUACAAAUAUAUUGAUGAGUAUAGCAGUCAGCCACCAGAUGUCUCUUCCAUCUCGGUAAACAGGGUCAAGUUCAAGGCCAUACAACAUUGCUUUGACAUCAUUGGAUUCAAACCAGAGGAAGUGAAAGCAGUGUACAGUGUUAUCUGUGCAAUAUUACAUACGGGUAACAUAGAGUUUGAGGAGAAAGAGAACACAGACCACAAAGGAGACAGUUGUGUUAUCACCAAUAUGGAACUUGUCAACACCAUCUCGCGAUUACUUGGAAUUCCUGCUGUAGACCUAGUUGAGUCCUUGACAACCACUGGAAUGGUGGCUAGGGGAGAAUUGAUUGUCAGGGAUAAUUCUGUUCCGGAGGCCAUUGAUGCUCGUGAUGCCAUGGCUAAGGCUCUGUACGGACGUCUCUUCAGCUGGAUUGUCAACAGGAUUAACAGUCUUCUAAAACCAAGCACCAUGGGAAAAGAAGACAAUAACCUCAUAAUUGGACUACUGGAUAUUUUCGGAUUUGAAAACUUUCCCAAGAACUCCUUUGAACAACUUUUGAUCAAUAUUGCUAAUGAACAAAUCCAAUAUUACUUUAAUCAGCAUAUCUUUGCAUGGGAAAUGCAAGAAUACAGAGCAGAGGGCUUGGAGGGUGUGGACAUUUCGUUUGUGGACAAUAGACCUCUACUGGACAUGUUUCUGAUGAAGCCCAUGGGGUUACUGGCCUUGCUGGACGAGGAAAGUCACUUCCCCAAGGCUACAGACAUGUCUCUUGUAGAAAAAUUUCACAAGAAUAUCCAGAACAAUAACUACAAUAGACCGAAGGGGAACAACCUCACCUUCUCCAUUGACCACUAUGCAGGCACUGUUGUGUAUGAUGCGUUGGGAUUUUUGGAGAAGAAUCGUGAUCGUCUCCCUGGUGAUGUUGUCAGCAUGUUACGAGCCUCGGGGAAUGUAGUGAUAAGAUCCCUCUUCAGUACACCACUGACAAAGACAGGAAAUCUAGCGGAUGGCAGCAUUAGAUCUAGUCGACAGACACCGACCAGUUCUGUCGGAUCUCCGGGGAGUGGUGGACCAAUCACUAUCAUGUCAUACAACUCUAAAUCCUCCAGCAUGGGAGGAAGCCGGAUCUAUGGUGCUCUUGGGUCAGGAUCCACAAGUAUGACCAAAAUUCAACAGACCGUGGCGACCUACUUCCGAUACUCUCUAAUGGAUCUGCUAGCCAAGAUGGUGGCUGGAUCUCCCCAUUUUGUCAGAUGUAUUCGUCCUAAUGAACAGAAGCUCCCUGAUGACUUUGAGCCUGAUAAGGUGACUGUACAACUUCGCUAUACAGGGGUACUGGAGACCACCCGCAUACGGAGGGAGGGGUACUCUCACAGAAUUCCAUUUGCUGAAUUCCUUAAAAGGUAUUCCAUGCUGGCCUUCAGAUGGGACGAGAGGGUGGAUUAUACUAGAGAUUGCUGUUUUACUCUGCUGGACAGAUUGAAUAUGUCCUUGUAUCAAUUAGGCAAAACUAAGGUUUUCCUGAAGUAUUAUCAUGUAGAACAGCUAGCUAGAAUGUAUGAGGAAAGGAACAAGAAAAUCACAUGUAUCCAAGCCGCAAUCCGCAGAUAUCUAGCUAUCAGUCAAUUCCACAGACUUAAAUGGCAGAGAGAGAAAGCUGUUACCAAAAUCCAAGCAUGUAUAAGAAUGUAUUUAGCAAGAAGACAGUAUAAAAAAUUGUAUAUUGCACAGAAAACAUCAGCUGUUCAACUACAGAAAGUGUUCAGGGGUUACCUAGUUAGGAAGAAGGUUCAACCAAUGAUAGCGGAGAGGAAGAAGGCAGCUACUACAAUACAGGCCAGACUGAGGGGAUACUUUGUCAGGAAGAGACAGAAAAGUGCCAAAAAAGAGCAGGAGAGUGUACUCAAAAUCCAGAGAGCCUUCCGCUCACGGAAAGCUAAACAGGCCAGUAAGCAGCUUCAAGCUGAGAAGCAGAUGGACAAGGUGAGAGCUAUAGUAGUGAUACAGAGCUUCUUCAGAAUGUGGCAGACCAGAGCUAAAUACCAGAAACUGCUGGAAUUCAGGUCACAGAAAGAAAUUCAACUCAGUAUUUUCACACAACAGGUGGAAUUGUACAACAAAGAGAAGUAUGAUAUUAUGGUGAAAAACAACUCACCUGUUCACGUGCCAUCAGGACAACCUCCGAAAUCCCCUGUCAGAGCUGUAAAUGACACGGACAUCUAUGCUGUCCCCCAGAAAAGGAGAGCCCCUCCCCCUCCAAAAUCUCCCACUAAGGUAGAGGAACCCCUUCCAGAUGUGGAUGAGGAGAGAUUGGACCACAUGAGGAAGAUAAAAGAGCUGAAAACAGUGAUGCCAACACCAGAGACCAGCUACUAUGAUGAGAUAAAUGGAGUUUCAAGUCAUGCUGUAAAUGGAUACGCACAUGAAGAGGAACAGGAUGACACUCCUCCACAACUGAAUGGCAGUCCUCACACUGAAGACAGAGUUGAGGAACAGAGGGAGGAAGUCCCUGAGCCCUCAGUCGGGAAGGACAGCCCUGUUCUGUUGGUGAAGGCAGAGGUUCACCCUCAGCCUCAGUUACCAGACCACCUCAGGAAAAGAGGGGAGGAGAAGGAGAUUAUGAAACCAGAAAAUGUCAGCUACUAUGAUCAGUUUUCCCAUUCCCUAAAGAGUUCUUAUGAGGUUCCAAAGGACCAGAUAAUUGACUGGGACAAACCACUGGUGGAAGCCCACGAUCAGAGUUUGAGGGGAAGCAAAAAGCACAAAGCAGGGACAGAAGAAUUCGAGAGAUCACGGGCUGCAAGGAGUAUUGCUGAGGCAAUUCUGGCUAAUGGUUCUUUAAAUGGCCUACGACCACCAUCUUCAGAGAUCAGCAAAGACCCAUCAUCUUACAAAGAGGAGUUCUAUAAAGAAAGCAACAAACAGGAAAUGGUCAAGACCCUAGAGAAACAAGUCAGCAAUAGUUCAGCUGGUCACUGGAACCACCGACAAAGGCAGGAAGGAGAAGAGCCAAGGGAGGGUUUACCUAGACCCCCAACCCCUCCCCCACCACCUCCUCCUCCCCCACCCGCAAUGAAACGGGACCCACCCACUUUCUACAUUCCUCCACCCCCUACAGAACCUCCCCCUCCUAUCCCUACCAGUGUUACACCUCCAUUUUCCAUUGAAAUUCCUGUGAGAAAUGGGAAUCCCUCUGUGAGCAAUGGUGUUUCCAAUGGUAUUCCUAAUGGUGUCGCAUCUCCCACAGCACUUGCAAAAGUCAAGUUUCAGUUGAAGCCUGCUGUAAUUCCACCCUCUAAGAUGAAUGGAACAGGAGACAUUGCCCAGGAGUUAAGUAAUGGCAUAGACUUUAGAGGUCGGUUAAAGAAGACAAACUUUGACUUAGAGCAGGGAAUCAGACGAAAAGAUCCUAACUCUGUUACUCAAAUUGACUUCCGCCAUUUACUAAGGAAAACAGGAAAGAUUAAAUUCGAGGAGGAAGAAGAGGAGUAGAGAUGACCUACAUAUCUUUAUAAUUAGGUUACAGUGACCCAGAAGAGGAGUAGAGAUGACCUACAUAUCUUUAUAAUUAGGUUACUGUGACCCAGUUUUCUAAUAGAAGAAGAGAGUGACAUAAGUGAAGUCACAAAGGAUUAGUGCUGUUGAAGAUUAACAUAUUGUGAUAUAUUACUUGUUUACACAAACAUCUGACUGUGAUAAUAUAUGCAGAAAGUUCUUAUCAAGGUAGCAAAGUCAUGACUGAAAAUAAAUUUCUACCAUGCACAAUUUUAAACUGCAAACAGAUUGUCAGCAAAGUAUCAUCAUUUAUUGUGUAUCCCUUUGUUUUAUUUGUCUCUUAAUCAGUAUAGCAGAAUUGUAGAUAUUGUUGAUUUGACACAGUGAACCAACUGAUACUCUGUCAUGUAAUGUUCAACAUUUGUAUGUAUUUCUGUUUUUAUUCCACAUAUUCAUUGGUCUUCCUUUAAGGUCCUAUACCUUUGUCUGUGUUCCUGUCUGUGCUCAUGUUGGGUUCCUGUCCUGUUUUAUACACUAAAUGCAUGCUCACUAUCUUACGUGCAAUCAUGACACACAUUGAUAUCGUGAUAUAGUGGUGAUUUAUAUACCAUUAUCCCCAUUCCUUCUCAGUGUUUCAUGUUAUUUAUUAUAAUUGUACAACCAUUUUGACAAUUAAAACUGUAUAUUCUAAAGCUUUAAUAGACAAGUAUAUUAAGAUCUGUUUCACUUAGAUUAUGGCUUGUAUCUUAAUUUACAUUAUUAGAAUGGCUUAUUUCUUUACAUUUUUAACCAUAUGAUU